CUCGUACCGUCUUAUUACAAAAAGAUAAACCUGGUUUAGCACUAGUAUAAACCAUUGACCAAAGAAUUCCUUAUUACAAAACGAAUUUUAUCUCUAAACCGUGAUUCGUCUAUGGUCUAAAGUUAGACCUGUGAUGCCCCUAGUUUAACAGUGGUCUAAACGACAAACGUCAAACUCCAUUUUUAAACUUUUAUAUUGUCAGUUGUUGUUUUAUUGAAAAUAUCGGUAUUUACGAUGGAUUUAGUGGAUUUAAUAGAUUUUGAAGAUUUAGAAGACGUUGAAACGUUAGGUACUUUUCGACGACCUAACCGACAUCGUAUUCGACAAAACCCGUUUGAGAUGUGCGAUAACGAUUUUAAAUAUAAACAUCGUUUUACAAAACGUUUUGGAUUGAAAAUAGUGGAAAUUAUUCAUGAAAGUAUAGUUCAAGACCCCCGAGGAUGCCCUAUAUCACCUGAACUUCAAGUUGUAUGCGCAUUACGAAACUGGGCUCGACAUGAAAUUCAAGAUGAUACCGCUGAUUUAUAUGGUAUUUCACAACCCGUUGUCAGCAAAAUUUGCAAGAAGGUAGCAGGUGCUUUAGCAUCUGUGUCUUCAAGAUUCAUAAAAAUGCCAGCCACUAUAGCUGAUCAAGAAGAAACAAUGAGAAAGUUCCGUAGCAUAGCUAAUUUUCCCACCGUAAUUGGUGCAAUUGAUUGCACACACAUUAGAAUAAAAAAAAUAAAUGCUGAUGAUGGUCAGCUAUACAUUAAUAGGAAAGGAUAUCCAUCAUUAAAUGUACAGGUGGUUUGUAAUGCGGACCUGAAAAUUAUGGACAUUGUCACGAGGUGGCGUGGUAGUGUACAUGAUUCAAGAAUAUUUCGGGAGUGUAGACUAAAACAGAGGUUUGAAGCUGGGGCCUUCUCCGGAAUAUUACUAGGAGACAGUGGAUAUCCCUGCACUCCAUAUUUAUUUACCCCGGUAUUACAUACUAAUACUCCUCAGGAAGAAACUUAUAACAGGUGUCAUAUACAGACACGUAACACAAUUGAGAGAUGUUUUGGGCUGUGGAAACAAAGAUUCCGUUGUCUAUUAAGAGGCAUGUUUGGAGACAUUGAAACAGCCAGAAUGACAGUUGUAGCUUGUGCAGUGCUUCACAAUAUUGCAAUAGAUAUGAAGGAAGACAUUUUUCCUGGUGAGAUUACUAGAGAAUCUACUUCAAACACAGGGGUUUUACAACAAAGUGUUCAUAACACACUUCGUGGUACUAUUAGGAGAAGGCAGUUCAUAGAAACUCAUUUUUAGUUUAAUUAUUUAUU